AUGGAGUCUGGACAAAGUGGAGUCAAGAUUCCCGUAUGGAAUGGCGAGGCUUCGACACUAGAGAGUUUCGAAGAGAAGGUGAAGCUGUGGGUCCUCGGCGCCAAGAAGGAGGACAGAGUCUAUCUAGGCCCGCGUUUAGUGCAGGCAAUGGACGAGGACUCCCAGCAGUGGCACGAAGCCAAGAAGGUCUUGCUGGACGACCUCGUCAAGGAAGACGGGGCCAAGCGAGUCGUGAAUGCGCUGAAGGGCGUCCGAGGUACCGUGACAAUGCAGGAAGCAGUGUCGAAGUGGAGAGAGUUCAUGAGAGGCAUCUACAGGAACCCAGGAGAGGGACCGAAGAAGUGGGUCUCGAGGUUCGACAUUCAUCUCAGCAAGAUCGGCAAAGCCCUCCACGCGGUGUGCAAUGACAUUCCAGCGACGGGCUUCAUGCACGAAUUCAUCCUGGGAUUGAUCUUGCUGGACGGUACGGGUCUGGACCCAUCCGAGCAAGCAGCUGUGCUGGCGACGUCGGGUCCGAAGGGCAACUCGUACAUGUGCCAAGACGUGAAGAAGGCGCUGGCAGAGCAGUGGUCCGAAGAACAGUUGGCAGCCAGAGAUAAGCAAAAAGGGUACACAUCGAGAAAAGGAGUGCACGCGAUCUUCGAGGACCCUGAGCAGAUAGGCGAGCUGACCGCCUACGCGGAAGAGAUCUACGACGAGGCCUACCACGACGGCUUCGGAGAGGCCACCGACCUGACGGAGACGGCGAUGGCAGCCGCCGAGGAGCUCAUGACGGCGACGAUCGGGGAUCCCUCGAUCGCAGAGGAGCAUCCUGGACAGGACGAAAGUCUAGCGGCGGCAGUCCUUCCUGGAGAAGAUCGAGCUGACGAGUGGACGGAGACAGCAUACGCCGCUUCUCGCACGUUCCUGGAGGCUCGGAAGCUCAUCAAUGAGGUGAAGAACGCUAGGGGCUACUUCCCAGUGGUCGGACUGGGAGCGUACGAUGCCAUGCCUACUCAGCCAGGUACGGCGCCGAAGAAGGUGGACAAGGAUACGUGUCUGCUGUGUGGAGAACAAGGUCAUCGUGCUCGAGAGUGUCCCAAUCGGGGCAAUGGUGGAACGACAGCAGAUCGGAAGAGGGCGUUCAACAGCUUCGUGGGUGCUCUGGAACACAUCGUGGAGUUCGACAGCUUUGUGGGUACGUGCACCGAGGAGCAGGUCCUGGUGGAGGACGACGGCAACUUCGAGGACGGCACGUUCAUCGGCUUCAGCCUUGACGAGUGCAAGGGCUACGCACUUCUGGACGGCGGUGCGUCCAGGUCCGUAGGCGGCGUUGAGCAGCUGGAGUACCUGAACGAGCACUUGCAGCACCCGAUGGAGGUGAACCCGGGGGCGGGCCUGGGUUUCUCGUUCGCGGGUGGCGACCGGGCGGACGCUCCCUCGAAGGUCUCAUUUCAGGUCCACAACCUCGACGACCAGACAGUCGAGAUCUACGUGCUAGACCGCCCGUCCCCCAUCCUGCUGGGAGUCGACAUGCUGAAGAAGUUUGGGCUAGUGAUCGACUACGAUCGGAACACUGUGUAUUCCCGGAGGCUCAAGAAGGAGAUUCCCACGAGGGUGCUGGCGUCUGGCCACCUUGCCUUGGACUUGACGGCACUGAGCGACGCUGGCUCAGGGACGAACGCACGCGUGGAUCAGAUCAAGUGCAGGGACUGCGGAGAGAUCCUGUUCAAGUACAUCUUCGCAAAGCCGCAGGACCAGCAGCUCAGCCUCUGCAUCAAGUCGCGCGAGCACUUCCAGCGGCUGGAGGCGACGGGGCAUGCUCAACUACCACGAGUUCGUCCCUCCUGCAACCCGGACAUGAACUACACGGACAGCACCUCAGAGAGCGAGCCGACUUCCACGCGAAGUGCUCCACAGCCUACGCCAAGCCGCCCGCUGCCAAGCAGACUGUCGGCGGAGGUCAUCAGGACGCUCUCGGACACAGAGGUGCAGAUGAUCAUCGAGAACGAGAGGAACGCAAUUCGACAGGAGGAGCAGACGCGCCUGGCCAAGGAGAUCAUCGAGAAGGGUCUCAUUCAGACGUCAGCCCCGUCAAAACCAGACGUCGAGAUCAAGGUGGAGGAGAUGAUCGAUCCUCCGAGGGCAAUGAAGCGGCAAGGCGUUCCAGAACCGAUGGUCAGCAAGAGUGCCUACGGAAUUCCAGUGCCCGAGGAUCUUCCAACGCCCUCAGGCAUGCCGAGGCCAGCAGGAGCCAUGAAGUUGGUCCAGGCGCUGAUGGAGAAAAGGCCACGGAAGGUCUGGAUCUCACCUCCUUGUGGAGCAGAGAGCCCUCUGCAGAACCUGAACCCCAUGACCGAAGAAGCGCAGAAGAAGCUGAUCAAAACUCGAAAGAUCCAGCGCAACAUGGUCUGGGCGAUCACACAACUUCGAGAGGCUGGAUUCUGUGACAUUUACCUGGAGCAGUCAGGGAGAUGCAGAUCAUGGACAGGCAACUUCAAGAGCCUCAAGCAGGAGCUGCAUGGAUGCACCAUCCACGGGUGCAUGUACGAUAUGCGCGAUGAGAAGGAAGAGGUGCUGCUAAAGAAGGAAUGGUAUAUAGCUACAACUGAUGAGACGUUCGAGAAGGAGAUUGGACGUCGUUGUCAAGACCUACAUGUUCAUCUACCGAUCGAAGGAGGGACUCGUGUGGCGCUAACGGCGAACUAUCCCGGGACCAUGUGCAAGAAGAUAGCGAAACACUUCAUGAAGAAGAUAACGUCCGACGAAGCCCUCUCGUACCUUGUCAAGGAAGUCGACGCGAAAGACGACGGGGACUUGGAGGCCAUCAUCGCGCACCUGCACCGCAACUUCGGACACUGCAGCUUGACGACAGUGGAGGCCGCUCUCAAGACUCGGCAGGCCGACAAGAAGCUGGUCGAUCUGUGCAAGCACUAUGAAUGCCCGUCGUGCAAGGCCGCUCAACGUUUCCAACUUCGUCCAAUCGCGAGCUCAGAGCCGUCCGUUCCGACGCCUGGGAAAGAGCUAGGAUGCGACAACUUCUAUUGGACACAUCCUCGGAGGACGUAUCACAUCAGAGGCACCCUGUGUGCAGACUAUGGUAGUCGCUUCACUACGUGCCACGUGCUCACCAAGGAGAAAAUGGAUACGAACUGCGGCAACACCACAGCUCAGGAGAUGAAGGAUACGGUCCUGAAGAGCUGGAUCCAGCAUUACGGCAAACCAGAAGUUCUGAGAUCAGAUCCUGAAGGUUGUUUUCGACAAGCGGAACAUCGUGCGUGGCUAUCAGGUCAUGGCAUUGAAUGGCGACCAGAACCUGGAGAAGCCCAUUGGCGCAUGGGCGUGGUCGAGAGGUGCAUAGAGACGAUCAAGGAGAUUGCGACUCGGAUGGCCUGGGAAGCUCCAGACGAUAUCGAGCCGCAGGAGAUCUUCACGUGGGCGUGCGCCGCCAACAACGACCUGAUGAGACACAACGGCUACAGUCCACUUAUGCUCCUCAUGGGUCGCACUCCCGCCGGACAUGGUCUACAAGAUGAGGAGAAUCCCUCCACUCUCGGCGCAGAGGUGAAGGAGGAUCAAUUCCAGAAGCUAGUGCUGAACAAACGGACUGCGUAUAAAGCCUGUGUAGAACACUACCUAUCCGAGAAGACGAAAAGAGCGCUGUUAGCCAAGACACGACCGUUUAAGGUCUGGGAGCCUGGCGAAAAGGCACACUACUGGAGAAGCGCCAAGGGUAACAGCCACAAGACGAAGCAGGGGAUGUCUGGACGUUUCCAUGGUCCAGCCACGGUGCUGAUGCAAGAGCGCGAGGUCAAGAACGGAGUAGCAGAACGUCGCGGAGUCGUCUGGCUUGUGGAUGGUGAUCGACUGGUACGAGCAGCAGCGGCACACCUGCGCACCGUCACGAAGGCGGAGCAGACGCUGGAGAAUAUUUCGGCAGGCAGCUCAGACCAAUUCCAGAGGAUGGAGAUCAACACCGAGAACCACCUCGGGACCAGGGAGAUCACUUUUUUUCUGAGGCAGGCGACGAUCAUGGACCGGAUCACGAAGAAGAAGAUCUACCAGGAGAACCAGCAGAAGUUCACGAAGAGCCAGGAGGAGGACAUGACCGACCUGCUGAGAGACCUCAACCCGAAGUUCCCUGGGAUGACAAGAAUCCUGAGAGAAAUGCUGGCAGCCUUGGUGAAGCAGAACAAGGUCGAGGUCAAGUUGAACAACCUCACACCGGAGGAGAAGAAGCAGCUGCCUUUCGCCAAGGAGAACGAGAUCAAGUCGUUCUUGAAGUAUCGAGUCUGUGAAGCGGCCAGCCGUGCUGGCGUACAUCCCGGAGCGCUAAUGAAGAUGCGCUGGGUCAUCGCCAAGAAGGAGACGGGCGACCUCAAGGCACGCCUGGUGGUUCUUGGUUACACGGAUCCGAGCUUGGGGCAGAUCAAGACGGCAUCCCCUACGUGCAGCCGCAGAGCGCGACAGAUGUUCUUGGGAGUAUCAGCUUCGAUGGGAUUUCAGGUGUUCAAGGGCGAUGUGAAGGCCGCCUUUCUUCAAGGCGUUCCACUCAUCAGCGCCGAGUUGUCCUUGCUACUCGCCUACACGAACACGGCGACGAUCAACGCCCUGAUGCAGGCGAACAAGCUGGUCAGGAGAGCGAGAAUGGAAGCUGUCAAGGAGCUGAUCAUGGAGAAGCACAUCAAUCCGUGUCUGGUGGGGUAUUCAGACGCAGCUUGGAAUGUACGCAGAGAUGGAUCCUCGCAAGGAGGCUUUCUGAUCUUUAUGACGGACCAGGCGCUGCUGCAGAAUAAAGAGGAGCUGGAGUUCUGCCGUCUCCUGCUGAGCGAGAUUCUCAUUGGUCCAGUGCCUCUGAAGCAGUGGGCACAAGGACGUGCUCGCAUUCCCGGAGCGCUGGUAUUAGACUGCCGUGGAGUAUUCGACGCGCUGGACAGGUCGGAGAGCAGCGCGCUGGGCAUGAAGGACAAAAGGAGCGCGCUGGAGGCCUUGGCCCUGAAGAGAGGUAUGGCAGCUACUGCGACAUCCCUACGCUGGUGUCAUAGUGGCGCUCAGCUCAGCGACUGCAUGACGAAGAACGCGGAGAAGGCCCGAGCGAGCUACAAUCUCUGGCAGCAACGAGGUACCUGGAAGCUGAUCUACGAUUCUAACUUCAUCUCCGAGAAGCAUCGGAAACAUAAGGGUUUGGACACGCUCGAGACGGGCUUUGCAGUGGAUGCAGAUGAUGCGUGGCAGCUCUUUCCAGACUACAUGGAGAUCGAGGAUACUGACCUGGACAUUGUGAGUGACUUUCGUCACCCUGGACUGCGACAGCAGAUGAUGCAGGACGCGACGCCUCAAUGA